AUGCAAUGUACCUCGUGCGAGCUGCCAGUCCCGGUUGCUCCCCAAGAUCCAAUUCACCGAGAGGUGAACCCGAUCCUCCCAGAACCCACAAAAUGAGGUAAACAUACCAAAUAUUAUCCCAACUUAUAUAUUGCCCCCCGCACAACUUUAUUUGACUCGUCCCGACCCUGCCUUCCUGGACUGCCUCGCUUCCCACGCCACUCCAUAUUUCUCGCUACUGCAUCUCCCCGUGCAGAUUUGACGAGACGAAAAGAAGAACACGGGAAAACGGCACCUCGUUUCGGGCAGCCAUGAAGACUAGCACCGCGCUUGCUCUCCUCGCGGCCAGCGGUCCUGUCACGGCAUCUGUCGUCCGACCAGCAGCUGAGCAGCUCGCAAAGAGGGCCCUUGCCACGUCAGAUCCAUAUUAUCCCUCGCCAUGGAUGGACCCCGCAGCCGAUGGCUGGGAAGAUGCUUAUGCCAAAGCCAAAGCAUUCGUCUCCCAGCUUACCUUACUGGAGAAGGUUAAUCUGACAACCGGCGUUGGUUGGGCGGCAGAGCAAUGUGUAGGCCAAACUGGCGCCAUUCCUAGGCUCGGCCUGCGGAGCAUGUGUAUGCAGGACUCUCCUCUUGGUAUCCGCGGCACCGACUACAAUUCAGUCUUUCCCUCUGGCCAGACUGCUGCUGCUACAUUUGACAGAACUCUGCUGUUUAAGCGUGGCAAUGCCAUGGGACAGGAGGCAAAAGGGAAAGGCGUUACCGUCCUCCUCGGUCCCGUGGCCGGGCCUCUGGGUCGCAUGCCCGAGGCCGGCCGAAACUGGGAAGGGUUUUCUCCGGACCCGGUUCUCACUGGCAUUGGAAUUUCCGAAACGAUCAAAGGUGUUCAACAAGCCGGUGUGGUGGCUUGUGCGAAGCACUUUAUCGGCAACGAGCAAGAACACUUCCGACAGACUGGAGAGGCCCAGGGAUAUGGGUAUGACAUCAAGGAAACGCUAUCCUCCAACAUCGACGACAAGACGAUGCAUGAGCUCUACCUCUGGCCCUUUCAAGACGCCGUGCGCGCCGGAGUAGGAUCCUUCAUGUGCUCCUACCAGCAGGUCAACAACUCGUACAGCUGUCAGAACUCGAAGCUUCUCAACGACCUCCUGAAGAACGAGCUUGGAUUCCAAGGUUUCGUCAUGAGCGACUGGCAGGCACAGCAUACCGGAGCUGCCAGCGCCGUCGCUGGCCUUGAUAUGACAAUGCCCGGAGACACCGAGUUCAACACGGGCAUCAGCUUUUGGGGCACAAACCUCACGCUGGGUGUCCUAAACGGAACCGUUCCCGCGUGGCGCAUCGAUGACAUGGCUAUGCGCAUCAUGGCUGCUUUCUUUAAGGUCGGCCAGACGGUAAAUCAAGACCCCAUCAACUUCUCCUUCUGGACCAGCGACACGUACGGACCCAUUCACUGGGCUGCGAACAAGGAUGUUCAGCAGAUCAAUUUCCACGUCGACGUCCAGGGUGGCCACGGUAGCCUGAUCCGGGAAAUUGCCGCCAAAGGAACUGUUCUCCUCAAGAACUCAGGCUCACUCCCCCUCAAGAAGCCCAAGUUCAUUGCCGUGAUUGGCGACGACGCCGGUCCAAACCCUCUUGGACCUAAUGCCUGCAGUGAUCGCGGAUGUGAUAAUGGCACAGCCGGCAUUGGCUGGGGCUCAGGAACAGCCAACUAUCCGUAUCUCGUCACACCGGAUGCUGCAAUUCAGGCCCAAGCAGUCAAGGAUGGGUCUCGAUACGAGAGUAUCUUGACUAACUACGCCAACUCCCAGACCAGAGCUCUGGUGUCCCAAGAUAACGUGACGGCCAUCGUCUUUGUUAACGCCGAUUCUGGAGAAGGCUAUAUUAACGUGGAUGGAAAUGAGGGCGACCGAAAGAACCUGACACUCUGGAAGAACGGGGAUGAUCUCAUAAAAAACGUCUCGAGUUUUUGUGCAAACACAAUUGUUGUCAUCCAUUCCCCUGGCCCUGUCCUCUUAACUGAAUGGUACGACAGCCCCAACGUCACGGCUAUCCUCUGGGCAGGGUUCCCGGGGCAGGAGUCGGGCAACUCCAUUACCGACGUUCUUUACGGAAAGGUCAACCCUAGUGGCCGCUCUCCUUUCUCCUGGGGUGCAACUCGCGACAGUUUUGGCACGGAUGUUUUGUACGAACCAAAUAACGGCAAUGACGCGCCACAGCAAGAUUUUUCAGAGGGCGUUUUCAUUGACUAUCGCCACUUUGACAAGGCGAAUUCCGCUCUGACAUACGAGUUUGGCUACGGGCUCAGCUACACCACUUUCCAGUACAGCAACCUCAAGGUCCGAAAGUCGAAUGCCGGCGCUUACCAGCCUACAACUGGCACGACAGCUCCGGCGCCGACCUUUGGCAACUUCUCGACGAAUCUGAACGACUACGUCUUCCCUAGCAACGAGUUUCCCUACGUCUACGAGUACAUCUACCCGUACCUCAACACAUCAGAUGCCAAGGCGGCCUCGGCAGAUCCGAACUAUGGUCAAAGCGCUGAUCAAUUCCUCCCGCCGCAUGCCACUGACGGCUCGGCGCAGCCGCUCCUCCGGUCAGCUGGCAAGAGCGAGCCAGGCGGUAACCGCCAGCUGUUCAACGUCUUGUAUACUGUCACGGCGGAUAUCAAGAACACGGGUUCGGUCGUCGGCGACGAGGUACCGCAGCUGUACGUGGCCCUCGGUGGGCCCGAUGAUCCGAAAGUCGUGCUUCGAGACUUUGAUCGCCUUCGAAUUGACCCCGGAAAGACGGCCCAGUUCCGUGCGACACUCACGCGCCGCGACCUGAGCAAUUGGGACACGACGGUGCAGGACUGGGUUAUUAGCAGUUAUCCCAAGACGGUGUAUGUGGGGCGCAGUAGCAGGAAGCUGGACCUGACUGCGACGCUGUCGUGAGGGUUUUUGAUGAACGAACGAAUGGCGCAAAAGAUAGCAGCUCUCAACUGGGCAGUGAUAGAUGAUUCAUUCACAAAUAUAUUUAAUGUUGGUACUUGGU